AUGGACCCGCUGCUCCGCUCGGAGCUCAUCCGCUACGGCGAGCUCGCGCAGGCCUGCUACGACGCGUUCGACUACGACCUGGCCUCCCGCUACUGCGGCAGCUGCAAGUACCCGCGGCGCGCCUUCUUCGAGCGGCUCGGCAUGCCCGACGCGGCGCGGGGCUACUCCGUGACCCGCUACCUGUACGCCACGUCCAACUUCCGGUUCCCCAACUUCUUCUCCGGGAGGUCCCGCGCCGACGCCAAGCUGUGGAGCCAGCGCGCGAACUGGAUCGGCUACGUGGCCGUGUCCACCGACGAGGAGUCGGCGCGGCUGGGCCGGCGCGACAUCGCCAUCGCGUGGCGCGGCACCAUCACGCGGCUCGAGUGGGUGUCGGACCUCAUGGACUACCUCCGGCCCGUGGCCGACGAGGGCAUCCCGUGCCCGGACCCCGAGGUGAAGGUGGAGUCCGGCUUCGUGGACCUCUACACCGACAAGGACCCCUCCUGCCGCUUCUGCAAGUACUCCGCCCGCGAGCAGGUCCUGGUGGAGGUCCGCAAGCUCGUCGCCCACCACACCGCCCUCGGCGAGGACGUGAGCAUCUCCGUCACAGGCCACAGCCUCGGCAGCUCCCUCGCCAUCCUCGGCGCCUACGACAUCGCCGAGUCCGCCGCCAACCUCUCCAACGGUGUGCAGAGGGCGGGGGUGUGA